CGCCAGGCAGCACCAGGGGCUCGCCAGUCUCUCCUGCAAAGCUGCGGCGGGGAGGUCACUCCCUGAAAAAAAUCCCAAAAAAAAUCCCAAUAAAAUAAAAUAAAAUAAAUCCCGGAAUCCCCGCCGAGCCCCGGCCGUGCCAGCGCAGGAUUCGGGAUCCGGGGCGGGCACGGGCGCUGCGGCUCGGGAGCCUCCCCCCCUCCGAUGCUGCCGGUGCCACGGCACAGCCCGCAGCAGCCUUUGCACAGGAGGAGAGCGGCAGCUCGGUCCCUCCAUCGCCAUGCCUCGGCCCACCACCCUCAUCCUCAUCCUGGCCGGGCUCUGCGCGUCCUCGCUGGGCCAGUACAACGAGGAGGAGGACCUGGCGUGGCUCCAGUACUACCUGCGGCAGUCCCGCGCCUCCUCCUACAACUACGUGCCCUACUACGAGGAGGAGAGCCCCGCGUACGCCUACUCCUACCCCAGCGCCACCGACACGGAGCCGGAGCCCGAGCCCCAGCCGCAGCAGGCGGCGCCCUGGCGGUGUCCCCAAGAGUGUGACUGUCCCCCCAACUUCUCGUCGGCCAUGUACUGCGACACGCGCAACCUGCGCUACCUGCCCUUCGUGCCGUCGCGGAUGAAGUACGUCUACUUCCAGAACAACCUCGUCACCUCCAUCCAGGAGGGCGCCUUCGACAACGCCACCGAGCUGGAGUGGCUGGCGCUGCACAACAACCAGAUCAGCAGCGACAAGAUGGGCAAGAAGGUUUUCGGGAAGCUGCAGAGGCUGGAGAGGCUCUACAUGAACAACAACAACCUGACCCGGCUGCCCAGCCCGCUGCCGCGCUCGCUGCGCGAGCUCCACCUCUCCUACAACCAGAUCUCCAAGGUGCCUCCCAACGCUCUGGAGGGGCUGGAGAACCUCACGGCGCUCUACCUCAGCCACAACUUCAUCUUCGAGCUGGGCGCGUCCCUCAAGGGGCUCAAGUCGCUGAUCCUGGCCGACCUGAGCUACAACAACCUCAGGAGGGUCCCCGACGGGCUGCCGGCCUCGCUGGAGCAGCUCUACAUGGAGUACAACUACAUCAACGCCAUCCCCGAUGAGUAUUUCCAGGUGUCCCCCAGGCUGCUCUACGUGAGGAUGUCCCACAACAGCCUGACCAACCAAGGGCUCUCCAGCAACACCUUCAACAGCAGCAGCAUCCUGGAGCUGGACCUCUCCUACAACCGGCUGCAGAAGAUCCCGCGGGUCAACACCAACCUGGAGAACCUCUACCUGCAGGGCAACCAGAUCGACGGUGAGCAGGGCCCCCGUGACGUGGAACACUCGCGCGCACCUACGCAACCCAUCAAACGAAGCCCCCGACCCCCGUGCCUGCGCCGCCAACCUCAUCGAGAUCUGAGCCACCUCCAGACUGCUGUCCUCUCCAUUCGUAUUUCCUCUCAUAUACCCGCUGCUACUUUGUAGUUAUGUGCUAAUUUGUCCCCCGAGCUGGGGGAUAGCUCGGAGCAGCGCGGUGUGAGACUGUCCGGUUAUCUCGGCUGUUUGAGGGGCCUGGAAAGGCCCUGGGUGGCCUUGGGGCAGCCCGCGUGUCGAAGGACGAGAAGAGGCUUCAGUUCUUCUUUCGGGUUUUAUGUUUAUUAAUUGUUUAUCUAAAAGAUGUUCUUUCAGCCGAACAGAGAUCUGCUCAGCAGUCAGCCAUGAG